AUGACCAAGAUAUUUACCCCGGCCUUCCCGCCGCGCCGGCCCGCUCGCUACCUCCUCCUCGCCUUCGCCUUCCUCACUCUCAUCUACUUGCAUCGCUCCUUCUCCGACCCGUCGCGUGUCGCUCUCGACCCCUUACAGCCUGUGCCUCCUCCCCCCCAAUCGCAACCCCCCGACGCUGAUCCAGCUCCGAUCCUCGACUCUUCGAAGCCGGGCCCUCAGUCCGACAUCUUUCUCGGCGACGACAUCGACUCCUCUGAAGACGAACAGCUACCUCCUCCCCCUCCUCCCCCCGCUGCUCACGACCCCGAACUUGAUACUAGCAAGGGACAGUCAGACUCGCCUUAUGUCGUCCCGCCCAACGUCGAACCGCCGGCAAUCGAGAAGCCGCAAGACCUCUCCGCUCUGCGGCCCUCUUCUCUACAGAGACCCCAUUUCUCAGACGAGAUGGAAGAGAAGGAGGAGGAGGAGGAGGCCUCUUCCGGCUUCGACUCCAAAAAGACCCCUCCCCCCGGCCCUGAAGAUGCCCACCCCAUCGACCGACUAGUCUACGAUGCCCAGCACGUCUUUGCUGAGCUGAUGUCCAAGGAGACUGAUAACAUCAACGAUGCCGCCCAGGCCUACCGCAAGCGCCGCGGUCGCCACCCCCCCCCUGGCUUCGACAAGUGGUUCCACUACGCCCAGAGCCGGCACUCCGUCAUCGUCGAGGAUUUCUUCGACCAGAUCUACCACGAUCUCGAACCCUUCUGGGGUUUGCCUCCGGCCACCCUGCGCAAGGAGUCGUGGGACUUUGAGAUGACCAUCCACAUCCGCGAGGGCAAGGCUGUCACCUCGAGCGACUGGUUUUGGACUGUCAUCUGGCUUGAUCUCAUUGACUCGAUCCAGCACCUGCUCCCCGACAUGGACAUCGCCCUCAACCCCAUGGACGAGCCGCGCAUAGUCACACCCUGGGAGGAUAUGGAAAAGUACAUGAUCAAGGCCAAGAAGACGGUUAAGUUGCCCAAGGCAACCAAGGUCCGCUCAGAGUUCCAGACGCUGCCUGACCCCGCUUACGGCGACUUCAGUACCGCCACCAGGAAGAAGGUCUUUGAGGAGACGAACCCUUACUGGGCUCAUGUCCGUCGCGGAUGCCCCCCCGACAGCCUCGCGCGAACCACCCCCCUUCAAGAAUCCUUUGCCGACCCGCCCAAUAUCUCCAUGGCCAACGCUAAGCCCCACAUGUACGAGGGCUUUGUGUCCAACUAUACCAUGUCCACCGAGCUGUGCCACCAGCCCGACCUCCAGGGACUGCAGGGCAUCCUAAUCGAGCCACUGUCAACGUCGACGACCACGACGCUGUUUCCCUUGUUUGGAGGUUCCAAGCUGCACGUCAACAACGAGAUCCUGCUUCCUGCGCCAAUGUACUGGAACGAGGAGGAGCGCUUCACCGGCGGCGACGACCACGGGGUUUCCUGGGGCAACAAGGCCGACCACGUCGUCUGGCGUGGCGUGGCGACGGGUGGCAGGAACCGCGAAUCCAACUGGCGCGGCUUUCAGCGCCACCGCUUCGUCUCGAUGAACAACGCCACCGAGAUCCUGCGCGCCGAGAUGGGUGACCACGAACCCGAGAACUUCUCGCUUCCUGGUGACAAGGACGAUGCCUUCCAGUAUAACAUUACCGCACAGGAAGCCGACCAGCUGGCCGAAUGGGUCGAUGAGUGGGCCAAUGUAGGAUUCAUCGAUCUCAACUGCGAGCCGCCCGAAGAGGAUGGCGUGUGCUCGUACACCAGCCCGCACUUCGACAUCGUUCCUGGUCUACGCAUGGUCGACCAGUUCAACAGCAAAUACCUCCCUGACCUGGAUGGCAACAGCUUCUCGGGACGAUACCUGGGAUUCCUCCGCUCUACCUCGCUGCCCAUCAAGUCCACCCUAUUCCGUGAGUGGCACGAUAGCCGUUUACUCGCCUGGAAGCACUUUGUCCCCAUGGACAACCGGUAUGGGGACUACUACGGCCUUAUGGACUACUUCCUGGGCUUCAACGGCAAAGGUGGCCAUGACUCUGUGGCAAAGCAGAUUGCCCAGGAUGGAAAAGACUGGGCAGAAAAGGUGCUCAGGAAGGAAGACAUGCAGAUUUACACGCUGCGUCUGCUCCUCGAGUAUGCUCGUCUGCUCGAUGACGAUAGGGAAAUCCUCGGCUGGGUCGAGGAUAUUCUACGUGAUCCGUCUUUGGAAAAGGAUUGGUCAUUGUAG